AUGUUAAAUUUCAGUAUAACAUUAUUUGACUUGGGCCCAGUAACAUCAAACUGCAGUAGUGACUAUCUUCAAGUCUUUGACGGGUCGUCUUCAAGCCCAAGACAGCUGGUUACAUUUUGUGGUAACGUUGUCCCUGGUCUGAUCGCCUCUACAUCAAAUUACAUGUACAUUGUGUUUAAGACUGAUAGCUACCAUACGUACAAAGGCUUCAAUGCUUCUUAUUACACUCAAAGUACAGCAUCAACACUAACAGCACCAACCGGAUAUAUAAUCAGCCCAGGUUUUCCUAGAUAUUUUCUUUAUAAUCAAAUCUACACGUGGACAAUCCUAGGAAAUUCUGGGACAUUUGUUGUACUCAACAUUACUCAAUUAAAUGUGAGUAGCUACACAUCUUCCUGUUCCAACCACCACAUCGAAGUCUACGACGGACAGAGCACCAGUGGUGUAUCAUUAGGACGGUACUGCUAUAGCAGUUCACCAGUGUAUGUUGUAUCUUCAUCGAACUACAUGCACGUCGUGUUUAGAACUGAUAGUUCAACAGCGUAUCAAGGGUUUUUAAGUAACUACUAUACACAAGCUUGCUUGAACAUUGUAAAAGGGACAAAGGGUGUAAUCACUAGCUCUGGUUAUCCCAAUGGUUACAACAAAAACUCGACUUGUUCCUGGAGAAUUGAAGGGGAUGCUGGAACUAAGAUAUCUUUAAACAUCACAGACUUUGAGGUUUUACCGUGCGGGUCAGCAUUUGUUGUUGCGUAUGAUGGUCAGUACACACGAAAUAAUCUAAAUCUCCCAAGUUGUGGUCAAGUACCUGUGUUUUCCAUCAACGCAUCAAGCAACUUCGUCUUUAUCGCCCUUCUAACAUCACGGCUUAUCGACCCUGUUUCUUACAGAGGAUUUAAGCUAAACUAUGUUAUCACAGAUUUAUCGUAUGGAAAAUCCUGUUCUCUAGUGGACCAGUGUCGAAGUUACUUGACUUGUGCUAAUGGCUCCUGUAGUUGUCCAAAUGACACAUAUCACAACAAUUCUACACUUAGCUGUCACAAUGAUGAGUUAAACGUUGGAUUAGUAGCAGGAGCAUCCGUUGGAGCGCUGGUGUUUCUUGUUAUUAUCGUCGUGGUUAUUGUCGUCAUCAUACGGAGAAAACAAACUCGACCCAAAACACAGAUGGAAGUAGGGGGUGUGGCUAUGACAGCAAGUGUAUGUACUGAUGGACCUGUCGCCUCAACAUCCCGUGCACGAAACAAUUAUGUUUACACACCUAAUCCCAAAGUAUCUGAAGAACAUGUUUAUGAGGAAGUACGGCCUUUGUCAAUCAACAAACCACCAACACAGGGGGAAUUGUGUGCGAAUUUAGAUGCAGAAGAAAACGUAUAUGCAAAUCAAUAUUCUAUCUACGAUAACGCAUCGUUCGUUCAAGAAAUGAUGAAAUGAUCCGCAUGCAUUAGUUACCUUUAUUAAUGUUAGCAGCCUCAUAGUUGGGGGUAAAUUAUAAUUCUUUAUCUAAAAAAGGUCGUUUCAACAUAAGACCUACUUA